UUCAAGAUACCCCUUUCUCAUUGUAAUAUCACCCAAUUCAACUUAUCACCACCCAAUCAGCAUCCUAAUCUAAAUCUAUCAUUCAAAGCAAAACAUUAACCAUCAAUGGAAGGAGACUCAAAUCAACUAAAAUCGAGCAUCCAUACAGACUUACAAACUGAAUUACUUGUUCCCAAUCAUCAUGAUCGUAAGGGCGGUAUGAGAACCAUGCCUUUCAUCAUAGUGAAUGAAGCAUUUGAGAGACUUGCUAAUUAUGGAUUAAUGCCCAAUAUGAUAUUCUACCUCAUGGAAGUUUAUAACAUGGAAGUUGUGUCUGGAACAAGCAUACUUUCUAUCUGGUCAGCACUUUCUAACGGUCUAUCUAUUUUUGGUGCUUUCAUCUCUGAUUCUUACUUGGGUCGGUUUCGGGUCAUUGCAAUCGGGUCUUUCUCCGCCCUUCUUGGGAUGAUUUUUCUCUGGUUGACUUCAGUGGUUCCGCAAUUAACACCUUCUUGUGAUGGACCCGACACCAGUUGCAACCCACCAUCACUAAUCCACCUGGUUUUCCUUUACACAUGUUUCAUUCUACUCUCAAUCGGGUCGGGUUGUAUCAGACCGUGUUCCAUAGCCUUUGGUGCAGACCAGCUUAAACACCACCCAAGUCUAAGCAACGAGAGGGUCAUUGAACGUUAUUUUAACUGGUACUAUGCUUCUGUAUCGAUUUCAACAAUCAUUGCUCUUACUGCUAUGGUCUACAUUCAAGAGCAACUUGGUUGGCAGGUCGGAUUCGCAAUUGCUGUGUUGAUUAUGCUUUGUUCUGCUCUUAUGUUUGUUCUGGGGUCGUCUCUUUACGUCAAAGUGAAAGCCAGUGAAAGCCUGUUUACCGGGCUGGUUCAAGUUUUAGUCGUGGCGUUUAACAACCGUAGGAUCCAUCUGCUUCCUGAUGACUGCUACAAUCAUAGUGAAGAAACGGACCAGGUUGAGCUAACCGACAACUUAAGGUUUCUCAACAAAGCGUGUGUUCUUAGAGAUUUAAACCCUAAUUCUUCGAAAUUGGAUCCAUGGAGCGUGUCGACUAUUGAAAAGGUGGAAUCCCUCAAAUCGCUACUUCGGAUAUUACCGUUGUGGUCCACAGGCAUUCUAAUAUUCACAACCAUGUCACAGACUUUCCCAACACUCCAAGCAAAAACAAUGAACCGUCAUGUCACCUCAUGGUUCGAGGUCCCUGCUGCAUCAUUCAACAUAUUCAUGAUCAUGACACUUACAAUAUGGAUUGCGUUUUACGACUGUGUCUUGGCCCCAUUUCUAGUAAAAUACACACACCAGCCACGCGGGUUACAUCCGAAAACCAGAAUGGGAAUCGGGUUGGUAAUCGCAAUCGUGGCUAUGAUUGUAUCCGCAAUUGUGGAAAUCAUAAGACGGAAUAAAGCAGGUCUGAAUACGACAGUUGACAUGUCAGCAAUGUGGUUGGUUCCUCAGUAUGCUUUAUUUGGUUUAGCGGAGGCGUUUAAUUCGAUUGGGCAGAUGGAGUUUUACUAUUCUGAGCUGUCGAAAAGCAUGUCGAGUAUAGCCAUAUCCCUAUUCAUGGUGAGCAAUGCAAUUUCAGGGCUCGUUGGAAGCCUUUUGGUUAACGUUGUGGAUGCACUCACAACCAAAGGAGGUAACAUAAGUUGGCUAUCGAGUGACAUUAAUGAGGGUCACUUGGAUUACUACUACUGGUUACUUGGUUUACUGAAUCUCCUAAACUUUUUGUACUACUUAGUAUGUUGUCGUGUUCAUCGGAGUUCUUCAUCGUCACAGAAUAGGCUGUCACCUGAGCUCCGAGAAGGAUCUGAUUUUAGGCAUUGAAGAUCAAUUUUGUUUUCUAACUUCAGUGUCUUAAUACGAUGUAUUAUUCAAUAACAAUAUUAGUUAUAUUA